UAAACGACGUCACCUCAUUCCCCUUGUCACUUCUCAGUCCACUCAGGUGACAGCUACUUAUACUCUCGGUUUCUGUACAUUCCAUCCUGACGGCGGGAUUCGGGUCGGAUUUUCUAUUCAUUUUGCACCGGCUGGUUUAUACCUUCUCGGUGCUUCUACUCUCCAUUUUCUUUCUCUACAAAACAUCCCAGGAAAAAAUUAAUAAUUAUAAAAAAUUUCUCUCAAAAUACUCCCCGGAAGUCUGAACACUGAACUCCGGCGAUGUCUUUACCGCCAGUUGGGGGUGACCUUCCGUCUUUUCCGCCCGCAACACCUUCGCCGCCGUUACCUUCUCUUCCGGCAGAUAAUGCAACCAAUCCAACUACUCCGGUGAACUCUACAACUACUGCUCCUCCUGUUAACUUGACUCCGGAGGCGGCUCCGCCUGGCUCAUCGAACAGAAAUACUACAUUGUUAGCUCUGUGUGUGGGGAUUGGUAUAGGCGGGGCAAUUGUGCUUGUUUGCGUGGGUAUUUUCGUCCUUUGGUACAAGAGGAGAAAAAGGCGCCUUGGAUUGAACAACUUUGCUUAUGCUUCUGAGCAAGGGCCGAAAGGGCCUCGAGUCAAAGACACUUCAAUUCAAGAUUGUACAAGUAAUCCAAGUCCAUUCAUGAAUGAUCUAAACUGUGAAAUUCAUAUCCAUUAUUCUUUCGGUGGUCCGCACCAUCACCGGCAACAGAUUUCUCCACCGCUGUCUGGCAACAUGGGUGGAAUGCUGCCAAAACCUAGCAUAUUGUCGCAUCACCAGCUGCCUUCGAUGGACGGUUCUAACCCGCCCCCACCACCUUCUAUAGAUAGCGGCUUGAGCUGUGAGGAGACUGUUCCACAACAAAGCACUAAUACUUGUUUGGGUUUCUCAAUAACUACAUUCACAUAUGAAGAGCUAGCUCUUGCUACAAAUGGUUUCUCCAGCACCAACCUCCUUGGUCAAGGUGGCUUUGGAUAUGUGCACAAGGGAAUACUUCGUGAUGGGAAAGAGGUUGCGAUUAAACAGCUAAAAGCUGGUAGUGGUCAAGGGGAGCGUGAAUUUCAGGCGGAGGUUGAAACCAUAAGUCGUGUUCAUCACAAGCAUCUAAGAAUCAGAGAAUGA